GCUUGAGACUCAAUCAACCCUCAACUGCAUAGCAGAGGAAGUCACGUUCUCAAACCUCUGACUCUGACAGACAAAGAAAAAUCUCUGUCUGUCUGUCUCAAGGCAUCGAGAGCAGAAAAUGGUGCGCACAUCUCCAAACUUCACGCUUCCUCCACCCGCCAAACACGGGAAUCAUAAAUCCCGACCGAAGAGCCGAACGCCAGAAUACACGACUGCACAUACAACAUAGCAUGGGUUCGCCUCGAAACUGGUUGAGAUCGAUCCGGAGCAAGGUCCUCUGCCGGCCAACUCGUAGAGACAUUAUCGUUGUCAGCGCAAACCAUGAUCCUGGACUCAUCAAACAAAGAAAGGAAGAAGAUGAUGAUGAUGAUGAACGAGGGGAUGCUAAUGUCAAACCGAUGAGGGCCCAACCCCUAGAUGCAGUCUCGGAGUUACAGGCUCGGAAUUACACCGAGGAAGAUGAAGCCGUCAUCAGAAUUCAAGCAGUUUUCAGGGGUCAUCUGGCGAGGCGGGCGUUCAGGGCGCUGAGGAGCCUGGUGAGGCUGCAGGCUCUGGCUCGUGGGGCUUACGUGAGGAAGCAGGCAGAGAUAGCACAACAGUGUAUUCACGCACUUGUGCGGUUGCAGGUGAGGGUUCGGGCGAGGCAGCUUCUCGGCAACUUUGAUGGUUGACGGAUCAGGAAGUUAAUACUGUCCCAUGCUUGGAUUGAGCUCUGUGUUCUACCUGAGUUGCACUACGUUUUGCCUUUCUAGUAUAUGUACCGAACGCCGGGAAGUCACUAACCGGUCAGGAAGUUAAUACUGUCCCGUGCUUGGAUUGAGUUCUGUGUUC